UAAAAAGUAGAAAAAUGCAGUCACAGUUUUGUCUCAGUUUCUCCACCUUUUUCCCUUUUCUGUCUGCUUAGAUUUAGUGGAAACCAAGAUGAGAGGCAUUAAGAAGGAAGAACAGGUGGAGACAACUAGAAAAUCAGGAGAGGACAGGUCCCUUGGGUCUGUGAAGGGUGAGUAUGAAAAGCAGCUCAGGACAGCCAUAUGGCCGCUGGGCUCAGUCACCAGGAAGAACUGUGAUUCCUUUCACCAUCUGCAGCUCAAUUUGCAUGCUAACUCAGCUCCUGGCCUCCUGAGAGGAAAAUGCCCUGUCAUGGGAACAUUACAGAACAUUCUAGGUGGGGGUAAGACAGGGAGAGGACAGAAUGUUUGCACAAACCAGAGCAUUAGGAAACAGACUCCCUCCUAUCUCGAAAGGGAACAGGGGAGGCAGGCACAGCAAGGGAGAAGAAAAACACAGGCCUGGCUUCCAGAAGCUGAUCCACAAACAGUAGGCUCUGUUCCCUGUCCUGUUCUGGCUCUGGCCCCCUCCCAGAAACCCAGAGAAACCUCAAUUGAAAAGUCAAGUAAGGAGAUACCUGGCUCAGGGAGUGGAGGAACCAGUACAUUCAUUUGGAAUCACGCGUCGAAGGAUCUGUGUUGGACACAGAAGAAAGUAGCUGUACUUGGGGAACCAUCAAAAGCUUCUGAUUGUGUGAAACUCAAGUGCACCAUUGUGCAGCUGGUACACAAGAAUUUUCAGAAGAAUUAAAAGUAUUGCUGGUGGUGAUAAGGGUGAGAGAAGGAGGUAACGUCCUGGGAAAGAGGAGCAUAGGCUUACGGAGAGCCCAAAACUGGGAGCUCUAGGUGACAGCUCUUAGCCCUUUCUGGUCUUGUUUUUACUCACCUUAAAAGGAGAUUAAAAUGGCUAAUCUGCCCACUGUUGGGGCAGAAGGGAGUAAUAUAAUUGGUCAAAACAUUGUUCUGAAAAAUAAGCAACACUGACUUUAUGUAAGUAGCACAGCAGUAUUAUUUAUGAUGUGCCCCAGAUCACUGACAAAAACCCAUAUUCAAGUUAUCUGGGCAUGAAAUAUCUUUUGGAAGUUAUCAAGUAGCUGCCAAUAAACCUAAUGUGGAGAAAAAUACUUAAAAGCACAGGACUGUUUGGUGGAUAGAAAACCUUGUGCUUCAGAACAAGUUCAGAGUUGGACAGUCUAAGAAAGAGCCCUCCCAUGCCUUAGAAGGGCUGGGUAGCAGCUUCUGGUGAUGGAUCCAAAAACUCUCAGGUUCCAAAUAAAACUUACAUAAAUCAGCAUCAUUUGUAUUCUUUUCAUAAACUUGCAAAAACAAAAUAAAAAUGUAUCUAUAUCUGUGUACACUGCAAAGGGCAAUUGAAACCUAAUGCACACAAAAGAAUUUACAAACUGUGACACACUAAUGAACAAGUUCUCAUUUGGAAGUAAAGCACCCAGCAGAGAGCACAACACACACGAUGUGGCCAUUAAUGGAA